GGAAGACUAUACCAUUCCCAUACCCUAUAAUUUUGUUUGUUCUAUUUCACACAUACAAUUUUCCGAGAAAGAUGUUCUAAUUUAAGUCACAAGAAGAUUCGUCUCUCCCUAUUACUGUAACUGCUGCUUAUAUCGUCAUGUCCCGGAAAGGUCCCUGUCUUCCCUGAAUGGUCUCUACCAAGUUCACCUCCGGUUCUAGGUGUCAUGGCUGCCCCGAGAGUCUAGAGACGACAACUUCUCCGCUUUCUCUGCAAUGGCGGCGUCCGGGAGCGGUAUGGCUCAGAAAACCUGGGAAUUGGCCAACAAUAUGCAGGAAGCUCAGAGUAUCGAUGAAAUCUACAAAUACGACAAGAAACAGCAGCAAGAAAUCCUGGCGGCGAAGCCCUGGACUAAGGAUCACCAUUACUUUAAGUACUGCAAAAUCUCGGCAUUGGCUCUACUGAAGAUGGUGAUGCAUGCCAGAUCAGGAGGCAACUUAGAAGUGAUGGGUCUGAUGCUAGGAAAGGUGGAUGGUGAAACCAUGAUCAUUAUGGACAGCUUUGCUUUGCCUGUGGAGGGCACUGAAACUCGAGUAAAUGCUCAGGCUGCUGCAUAUGAAUACAUGGCUGCAUACAUAGAAAAUGCCAAACAGGUUGGCCACCUUGAAAAUGCAAUCGGGUGGUAUCAUAGCCAUCCUGGCUAUGGCUGCUGGCUUUCUGGGAUUGAUGUUAGUACUCAGAUGCUCAAUCAGCAGUUCCAGGAACCAUUUGUAGCAGUGGUGAUUGAUCCAACAAGAACAAUAUCUGCAGGGAAAGUGAAUCUUGGCGCCUUUAGGACAUACCCAAAGGGCUACAAACCUCCUGAUGAAGGACCUUCUGAGUACCAGACUAUCCCACUUAAUAAAAUAGAAGAUUUUGGUGUACACUGCAAACAAUAUUAUGCCUUAGAAGUCUCAUAUUUUAAAUCCUCUUUGGAUCGCAAAUUGCUCGAGCUGUUGUGGAAUAAAUAUUGGGUGAAUACGUUGAGUUCCUCUAGCUUGCUUACUAAUGCAGACUAUACCACUGGUCAGGUCUUUGAUUUGUCUGAAAAGUUAGAGCAGUCAGAAGCCCAGCUGGGACGAGGGAGUUUCAUGCUGGGUUUGGAAACGCAUGACAGAAAAUCAGAAGACAAACUUGCCAAAGCUACGAGAGACAGCUGUAAAACUACCAUAGAAGCUAUCCAUGGAUUGAUGUCUCAGGUUAUUAAGGAUAAACUGUUUAAUCAAAUUAACAUCUCUUAAACGGUCUCUGAGAAGUACUUUACCUGAAAGACAGUAUGAGAAAAAUAUUCAAGUAACACUUUAAAACCAGUUACCCAAAAUCUGAUUAGAAGUAUAAGGUGCUCUGAAGUGUCCUAAAUAUUAACAUCCUGUAAUAAAACUCUUUAAAAUGAAA